AUGAAGCCAUUUGCUAAGCGGGUCAUUUUUCAGGCAUCGCGAGUGACCCUCGUUGUAGUCACCGUCUCUCUGGCUGUCCAAACAUACCUGGCGGGAUGGAAGAAGCCACAACCUGUGGCAGUUCACCCACCACCCGAGAUCCAUGAGACAGAGACACCCUCCCCUCAAACACUCUGGACCCAAAUACAGCAUAAUGAAAAUUUGACCAGAUUUGCCAAGUUAGUGGGGGAAUUUGAGGACAUCGUCGGAGGUCUGCAAGCACCUCCGGCCCAGCUCACUGUCUAUGCACCGACCAACGAAGCCUUCGAAUUGGAAGACUUCCCCUACGACCUUCCAUGGUUCUAUUGGAAGUUCCUCGUUGGCUACCACAUGGGCAAAGGAGCCGUCUCUUCCCAGGCACUGCAUAGCCAAAACACAGUCUCCUCAUUCGUCAACGCCGACAUCUUCUUCAAAAACCAGCAACGCAUCAGCGUGCAGAACAAUCCCGACAGUGUGAGUUUCAACUUCCGCGCCAAACUGCUUGCCUCGUACCCCGCCCAAAAUGGCCACCUCCACCUCGUGGAUCGCCUGCUCAUGCUGCCCGACUCAACCGCCGACGUCCUACGAUCUACCACAGCAUUCGGGACUUUCCGCCAGGGACUGAUCCACACCGGUCUGGCGGAAAUCAUCAACGAUACCUCGACACACACCGCACAGACGGUAUUUGCUCCCUCCGACGUUGCAUUUCGCAAACUUGGCCCCAAGGUCAAUGCCUUUUUGUUUGGCCCCGGCGGACGCGCAUACCUAAAGGCCUUGCUUGCAUAUCACAUUGUCUCGAACGAGACGUUGUUUUCGGACGUCCAUUUUCCGACAAAUAAUGGAAAGCAGGUUGUUCUCGACCUGCAGUCAACUUCCAAUCAAAUCUCACUUCCGACCCUGGCUCAGGGGCAUAAUAUCUUGGCAAGCUCCAUUCGGCAGACGAGUGAUGAUCGGCGAACGAUCUUAAUUAAUGACGAGUGGACGGUGAGCCGACCAGAUAUCGUCGUCAUGGAUGGGGUGGUCCAUGAAAUGGACGCUGUUAUAUUGCCCCCGAUCUUGGAGGAGAGUCAGUUGGAGAAGGAUGGUAAUUGGUGGUCUAUCGUGUCUCGGUCUUUGAAUAUUCGCGGGGAAAUUACUGUGGGGGAGCUGAUGGAGCGGCUGCAGCCGUUGAUUGACAGUGAAACAUAA